AUGGCUGCUCGCAGCGGGACGCUCUCUCCCAUCUCCGUCGACAGCGCCAACGAUUGGUCCCCUGUUUCCAAAUACAACGCUGUUGGCAGCGGCGACAGUGCCUACUCGCCCAGCGUGCCCCCGACGCCGCGGAACCAGCUCAUAACGCCGCCGACCUCUGUCACCAGCUCCACUGACGGCAUGAUUCCCAAUGGCCUCGGCCGCCCCCCGACGUCCAACGGUCAACCAUCGCCGCCUAGCUCCAUCGCCCGUUCGAGCACCGGCGAUGGCCUGUACGCCGGAAGCCAGCACGAUCGGGAAAGCAUGAGCAGUCGCAAGGCUCUGAUGAUCGAGGAAUCGCUGGCUGAACACUACCACGUAUUGAAGAUCUACCUUGGCCGUUACCUUCUCGACGAAAAGGGCAAUCUGCGCCCCAACCGCGCCAGGGACAAGCUGCUCCGCCUUUCGUCCGUUCAGUUCCAAGAGCUCAGCACCGACGUCUACGAUGAGUCGCUUCGUCGCGAGGACGAGCGCAAGCGAGGUGGUCCCAAUGCGCCGGGCAAUGACACUCCCAAAUCCCUCCCGCCCAAGGACAACUACCACCCAAAGCGCAAUCAGGCCCGCCAAAAACUCUCCACGCUGCCCAUCGACCGCUUCCGCCAGCUCGCAACCGACGUCUUCUAUGAAUUGGAACGUCGCUUUCCGCGAUUUCGGGCCGAGGCGGAGGCGCGCCCUACAAGCCCUACCGGCAGCAUAGCUAGCAACCGGAGUCGCGGCCCUGGGAGAGGCCCAAUACCAAGUACUGGCAGCAUGGGCAGAGGGCCGCCGCCUCCUGGAUACCGUGGACCUCCUCCCGGACCAGGUUAUCGAGGCCCUCCCGGCCCUCGGGGUCCUCCCGGCCCUCGGGGCCCUCCUGGUCCCGGCGGCGAGUUUGGGCGUCCCUUGCCCAAGACGUUCCAAUCAAACACCAUCGUGCCGAACAAAGGAACCAUGGUAGAGGAUGAUGAUGAUGAUAACAGCGGAGCAGAAGAGGACGACGACGACGACGCUUUCGGCCUUGAGGAUGCAGCAAGAAGAUCAAGCAAGCGGACCACGAACAAGAGCAUGGUCAGCGAAAAACUCAUUGCGGACCUUACGGCUCAGGUCGAGCAAUUGCAAGAGAAGGCAGACGGCCUCGAAGACCAAUUAAGAGAACGCGACGAGGAGGUUGAGAAGCUCAAGAGUGCUGAUAAUAAUGGGGGAAAUGUUUGUGUCCCUCAGAUUUCAGGAGAAGAACGCGAACUGACUUUGGCCCAGGCUGCAGACGGUGACAAAGCGGACCUGGAACGUAAGUUGGAAGAGGCUCAGAGCAUCAGUGAUUCGCUCAGGUCCGAAUUGGAGAAGACUCGCAACGACGCGUCAGAAACCGAACGCGAACUUCGCGCUCAGCUUGAAAGCGGUGGCAUUUCAGGCGGCUCUGGAGACAACGACUGGGAGCAACGAUACAAGCAACUUGAACGCGAACUCGAGGAACAACAGCAAGUUACCGAUGAAGUCCGGAGGGAAGCGUCACAGUUCUUGCAAGAGAUGCGGGCGCUUUCAGAGCGAAGUAAUGCAUCUUUGGAGAAAGAAGAAGGGCUUGUGGCCGAGAUUGCAAGGCUUGAAGCCGAGGUCAAAGAAUGGAAGACGCGAUAUGCCCGUUCGAAGACCCAGGUACGCCACCUGCGAGCGUCGUCGACGGGCCUUGCAAAUCUCACCGAGGACGCCUCAGUCUACGCCCGGGAUGGCACCCUUGUGCAGCCUGACGGUCUCAUCAAGGACGUCCAUCUCACAAAAUUCCAGCUCAGCAUCGAUCAAUUGCUGCAGGCUGCUCGCAAGUCGAACGCUGAGGCCGUUCUCGAUUGCAUGAAGGAAACUGUAUCCUGCGUCAGAAGCAUGACCGCAGACGUCGAUGCCGCCGGCUCACCUACGAGUGAUGACGGGGAGGAUUCCGCCAAGAGACAGCACAAACUCAAGUCUCGCGUCUCUGCUACCGCGAAUAACCUCAUCACCGCCUCCAAGAACCACGCUGCAGCUCUGGGGCUUUCUCCUGUCUCUCUGCUCGAUGCUGCUGCGUCUCACCUGACAACUUCCAUUGUCGAGCUCGCAAAAGUUGUCAGGAUCAGGCCCACUCAGCCUGGCGAAGAAGACUAUGAGAACCUCGAAGUCAGGUCCAGCCGUCUCAGCGCCAACUACUAUGGCAACGGCUCCAGACACACCAGAAACGGCAGCAAUCUCAGCAUCGAUUCUGCAAGGUACAGCCGCAGUGGCACGAGCUCCCCACGCCCUUGGUCGGUACGUCGGUCUGAAGGUCCCAAUGGGAUUUUGAAAGGCUCCAAUAUCAACACUGUGCGCGAAAGCAGCGGUCUUGAAGAGAUAAAGAACUACUUGGAAGACCAAACAACCGACCUCGUGAACAGCAUUCAACCUCUUGUCCAGGAAAUUCGAAGCACCCCGGCCGGAGCCGCUUUCCCGCCCCAAGCUGAGCAAAACAUUGAGCAUUACAUCAACGACAUCAACCGCACCGUCUACGACAUUGGCUUCAAGACACGCGAGGCCGUGAGCAACACACGCAACAGCGCACUGGCCAAGCACGCCACGCCUGUCACUGAACUGCUCGAGGAAUGCCGUGAAGGUCUGCUUUCUGCGCUCCAGGAGGACGAGGCUGGCAAGAGAGAGAAAAUUCCCCCUCUGGCGUUCAAGAUCGCAAGAGCAACCAAGGAACUCGUCCUGCGGGUUGAGAGGAUUGACAACCGCGAACUGACGGCUGACAUGACCGUUUCGAACGAAUUCUAA